CCCAGAACCUCCGAGACUCCCAGCGCGCUGCAGCCGGACACAGCAGGCGCUGAAGCCGAACCAAAGCCGAACCUCAGGCUGCGCAACAGGCUGCUUUCACACGCUCCGUCCGGUCUGGUUCUGUUGGAAAAGUGAAGAAGAAAGGAACAGAGGAGAACAUGUCCAAACCCAACUACAGCGGAACCUUCCACAUGGUGGAGCAGGAGAACAUGGACGCGUACCUGGAGGCUUUAGAUAUCAACUUCGCUCUGAGGAAGAUCGUGUGUUUGCUGAAACCCACCAAAGACAUCACUCAUGAUCCAGCAAGCGGAACCAUGAAGAUCCGAACGCUCACCACCUUCAAGAACUUCAACAUGGACUUCACCAUCGGACAGGAGUUCACUGAGGACCUGGGACCGGUGGAUGGACGCACCUGUCAGACCACGGUGAGCUGGGACGGAGACCGGCUGGUUUGUGUUCAGCGAGGAGAGAAGGAAGGCCGAGGCUGGACGCACUGGCUGGACGGAGACAAGCUGCAUCUGGAGAUGAGAGUUCAAGGCAUCGUAGCCAAGCAAGUGUUCAAGAAGGCGGAUUGAAGUCACUGCAGACGUCUUAGUGAAUAAUAAUGUUAGAAAGUAGCUGGUACCAGAGUCUGAUGCUGCCUAAUCAUUAACACAGCUGACCGUCCUGCCGUCUCUGUGACACCAGCAGAGCAAACAUUCCCUCUGACUUCCUCUUGGUGGUCAUAAACCCACCAGACGUCUGGACCACGUGGUGCUUUACUCCUGUGGGGCUAAACCAGAGGAACUCCACUGAACUAAUCUGAACCAUGAUGUGCUUUCAUUGCUUCUCCUCCUUUCUGUCUGGAGACUCUGAUUUACAGGCUUCAGGCUCCUGAACACCAUCCAACCUGCAAAACUACAUUUAUUUACAACUUUUCUCUGCUGCUGUUUGGUGGAAUAAAUGUUUAAACUCUGUGGCACCUCGGUGCUUCGUUAGAGCGGUACUUUGUCUCACGUUUCAUUAAACACAUUUGGAUGUUUUCAUUAUAUUUGCUGUGUGUUUGUGUUUCUGCUGCUGCAUGUAAAACUCUCAUAGUUUGAUAAAUAUUGAAAUGAAGUGCUCAAAACGUCCACCAUUGUGUGCUUUAUUUUUGUUUUUGACCUGAAGCUGGAACUUUCUUUUAAAGUCAGUCCAGACUUCAAAUUCACUUUAUUCACAUUUGUUCUAAUUAAACUGAAACUAAAACAUUAAA